UUUUACCAUAUUAGUUGAUAUUCUUUCAACUUUAAUUCAAUGCAAGAAUAUUGGUGGUAAUAUUUUCUUGUGACUUAAAGUUUGAACAUUGCAUGUUUGCUUUGAAAGGCCAGCAAAUUUGGCCGCAAGAAAGGGCACAGAGAAAUAUAUUGAGGUCUGGUCCAACCGGUCUCUACAGCCUUCUUUAAAAAAAAUCAGAAAAAGACAGUAACCCAAUAUUCCCAAUUGGUUAAUUUUAUUUGCCAAGGAAUCUAAUUCGAUGCCCCAAUGCAAUACUUAUCAGUCAGCCUAUGUGACAACUACCCAUACAGUAAGAAUGAGGUUAGGGUUUAAAUUUGUCUCAAAAUCAAAUACUCUCUUCACUCACUCAUCACUUCCAACAAUUCCUUCUUCCCUUUCCGACUUCCCUCGAUCCCUUCCUUCAGUUUCCAAAAAUUUCACUUUCUCAGGGAAAAAGAAGUUAGCUUUGUGCGUGCAAAGGGUUGGUUAUAAGGCUGAGACUCAGUUGAGUGAUAUAAUGGAGUCAGGGAAGGAAAUUCAAGAACUUAACAGGAAUCUUUAUCCCUCUAUAGAGCCAUAUAGCACAGGUUUUCUCAAGGUUUCUGAUGUUCACACAAUCUACUGGGAGCAAUCAGGAAACCCAAAUGGCCAUCCAGUUGUUUUUCUUCAUGGGGGACCUGGAGGAGGAACAUCGCCAAGUAAUCGAAGAUUCUUUGAUCCUGAAUUUUAUAGGAUCAUUUUAUUUGAUCAGCGUGGUGCAGGAAAGAGUACUCCCCAUGCUUGCUUGGAAGAGAACACUACGUGGGAUCUAAUUGAUGACAUUGAAAAGUUAAGAGAACACUUGGAAAUUCCGGAAUGGCAGGUCUUUGGUGGCUCGUGGGGAAGUACACUUGCUCUUGCUUACAGUCAAUCACAUCCUGACAAGGUCACUGGCUUGGUCCUAAGAGGGAUAUUCCUUUUGCGGAAGAAAGAGAUUGAUUGGUUUUACGAAAGUGGUGCUGCUGCUAUUUACCCUGAUGCUUGGGAGCCGUUUAGGGAUCUUAUUCCAGAAAAUGAGAGGGAGAGUUUUGUUAGUGCCUACCACAAGAGACUGAAUUCUGAUGAUUUGGAAACACAAUAUGCCGCUGCUAGGGCAUGGACCAAAUGGGAAAUGAUGACUGCCCAUCUUCUACCAAAUGAAGAAAACAUCAAGAGAGGGGAUGAUGAUCAUUUUUCACUGGCUUUUGCCAGGAUUGAGAACCAUUACUUUGUGAAUAAAGGAUUCUUUCCUUCAGAUUCGUUCUUGUUGGACAAUAUUGACAAAAUAAGGCAUAUUAACACUACAAUUGUACAGGGAAGAUAUGAUAUUUGCUGCCCCAUGAUGUCAGCUCGGGAUCUCCACAAAGCAUUUCCAGAGGCAGAUUUUAAGGUUGUUUCAGAUGCUGGGCAUUCAGCCAACGAACCAGGAAUAGCAGCUGAACUUGUGGCUGCAAAUGAGAAGCUGAAAAACCUUGCCAAGAAGAAUGGACCUUGAAAACUAGAGUCAGCAUGGAGUUGCUGUGCCAGACUAUCUUCCUAAAUUGCAGAGGAUUGCAUGUCAAUGUUGAAUAGACGUUCUUCAUCUGUGUAGGCCUUUCAUUUGUGUUGGUUUUGUUUCUUUGAACCCUGUUUUUUUUACUAUUUUUUCUUUUGAACAAGAAAUGUAGGACGCGGGAGAGAAAUAAAUCAAACAACCUUGAAAUAAAAACAAUAUGACCUGUCUAUCAGAUUAGAAAAGUGAUACACUCUUGAAGAUGGAAAUUGGUAGACAGAAAUU